GCUAACUGGGUGUAUUGCAUCUUCCAUCCUAGCGCUCUCCAGGGGUCUUUUCAACAGAUCGAGGGGGUCCUCGUUACACGAACUGAUUCCGACAAGGCAACAUUCUCCUUACUAACUCGAUCGCUUGCAUAUUGUGGACAAGAUGGCUAGUUGUCAAGCAAGCUUUGUGUCGAUCCUGAACAACGACGACAACCCGGCCUUUACUGUGCGGUCUGCGCCGGGAAUCUCUCGACAAAACUCCACCUCUUCAUAUUCCUCUUACCACUAUGAGCCGCAACCAACGACGACAAGGACGUUAACCCCUGAUUUCCGCUAUCACGCCCAUCACCACCAUGCCUAUACGAACUCCCCAUCGGUAUCCCCCGCUUUGGCACGCCAUCCUUACGAACCCGUGUCUGAACCCCCGCAGCCCACGUCUCCCGGUUCUUCCGACUGUUCCUACGACUAUAUGAGCAGCGGCGCCAGCGUUCGAUCGCAUUAUCACCUUAGUCGGCAAGAACCUCAUGGCUACCGGCCCAUGGCAGAGAAGCGGGUUAGUGGGAGCUCGGUGGUCGAGCCUCCGUCCCCGCAGCCGUCGAUCGGAAGCACGACCAAGGAAAGCAUGGCUGCGAAAUCGGGCGUGCGGAAGAACAAGUACCCUUGCCCUUUUGCUGCCAGCCAUGGCUGCACCGCAACCUUCACCACCUCGGGCCAUGCCGCCCGCCACGGCAAGAAGCACACCGGGGAGAAGAGCGUCCAUUGCCCGAUCUGCAACAAGGCGUUCACCCGCAAGGACAACAUGAAGCAGCAUAUCCGGACGCACCGCACCCACUCCGAGGAGAUGCCCACGGGGAUGGCCGCCGACCGGGACAGUGAUGGGAGCAGCAGCUGGUCGACUCGGAGAAACACCGCUUCGUCCACUUACGCCCACCAGCGGUCGACCAGCCAGGCCCAGCGGGAGAAAUCCUCUUACGAUGCCAUGCCACCACGAGUCUGAUGAGAGAACUGAGACGUCUUUCUUGUUCUUCACCUUCUCGUUUUCCUUCUCCUUCUUUCCAACCAUGACCCGUAUCCAUGGCCAAUCGACCUUGGUGUGCGGGCAUAACCGGCCCUGAGGGUGACCGCUGUGCGGUUCCCUGCAGCAUACCCCUUCGACAUGGGAGUUUCCCCAUUUGCGCAUCGUUUGAGCUGGACGAAUUGCGCUUGCGAGAUAGACUUUGUUGCAUUCUUUUCUGUGGACGAUUUAAUCUCGAUCCACCCGUUUUUGUGUUCCUCUGUUCUGUUGUGGAUAGACGCUACG